AUGAGCACUCUGACUCGAGGCCUUCCUGGGCCCGUUCGCGACCUCGGAGUAUCUAUCCUCGGGCAAAAGUGUUACACGUCAUUAGUCGAGCAACUCGACUUGGACGUUGAGUGUCUGAAGUAUGCCUUGUCGAAGGGUUUAGGCGUCGGGAUUGUCGCGGGCGGAGCUAUUAUGAAGCUUCCACAACUCAUCAUCGUGCUCCGAGCUCAGUCCGCUCGAGGCCUCUCGCUUUCCUCCUACUCCCUGGAAACUUUAUCAUACGCCAUUACAGUGGCAUACUCAUAUCGCCAUAACUUCCCAUUCUCGACGUAUGGCGAGAACGUGUUCCUCACCGCGCAAAAUACGAUUAUCACCUUCCUAAUCAUCGCUUUCACCCGAGGCCGCAAUGAAGAGGACGUGGCGACGAAAAUCGCCGCUGCCAUUGCUGCCGUCAUCGGGACUGGCUACCUCCUCAGCAUAUUCCCUCCGGACAAGCUUGCCGUUCUCCAAGUGGCCACCCUGCCCCUUUCCGUGGCCUCGAAGAUUCCUCAGAUACGAGAAAACGCGCGCACGCAAUCAACGGGCCAGCUCUCGUCGUUCGCCAUCCUAUCUCAGGUUGUCGGCUGCGUGGCGCGUCUCUUCACGACAUUCACGGAGGUUGGCGACCCCAUCAUGACCGCCGGUUUCGCGGUGGCGCUACUGCUCAACCUUAUCCUAGGUGUGCAGCUCUGGAUGUAUCGUGGCGCACCGCCGACAGUCCAGGCCAAGCACGAGAAGGUGCGUGUGCCCGCGGACGUCGUUGUGGACGAGAAGGCGUCGGGCAGUAUCCUCAGCCAGAAAGGUACUGGACAAAUACAAUGGGGUGCACCUGCGCCCGGACCUACCACUACCCGAAGGGCCGGGACACCACAGCCGUCUGGUAAGAAAUGGGCGAGGAAGGUAGAUUAGCUUUCGACUGUGUACAAGC